AAAAAUUUAUUUUUAAAAAGAAAAUUAAAUAAAAGAAAAAGAAAAAGGCAUGAUAGGUUCCUCCUUAACCCUUCUGCUAGCGCCGGUUUCUAUAUCUCCUUCUCCAUUACUCUCUUUCAAUCGCCUCUCUCGUCUCCACUACUGCUCCUCGUCUUCUCUCUCCGCCGCCUCCGACAGACUUGUUAAAAGUAACAUCCAGAAGACUUGCUUUUGCUACAAACGCUACACAAUCUAUAUCCACUAUGGCCACUAAUGCGGAGAAUGAGGAUAAUGUAGGAAAUUUGAAGAAACAAAUUGCGAAACUAUUUGAAGCUUCGCUCAGAGAGACAGUGCCUAGCGAGCCAGAUGUUGAACCUUUGGUUGCUGCUUGCACUGCUAAAUUUGGAGACUAUCAAUGUAAUAAUGCCAUGAGCCUUUGGUCAAAAAUUAAAGGGAAAAAUACUGAAUUCAAGGGUCCUCCAGCAGUUGGACAGGCUAUCAUGAAGAAUCUUCCUCCAUCUGAAGUGAUAGAAUCUUGUUCUGUGGCAGGACCUGGGUUUGUCAAUGUGGUUCUGUCGAAGAAAUGGAUGUCUAAGAAAAUACAAAAAAUGCUAAUUGAUGGAAUUGACUCUUGGGCACCUAAGCUUUUGGUCAAAAGGGCUGUGGUAGAUUUUUCCUCACCCAAUAUUGCAAAAGAAAUGCAUGUUGGCCAUCUAAGAUCUACUAUUAUUGGUGACACGCUGGCUCGCAUGCUUGAAUUUUCAAAAGUAGAUGUUCUUCGGCGAAAUCAUGUUGGUGACUGGGGGACACAGUUUGGUAUGUUGAUUGAAUUUCUCUUUGAAAAGUUUCCAAACUUCGAAGAUGUUAAUGAAAGAGCCAUUGGAGAUCUACAGGCAUUUUAUAAGGCAUCAAAGCAGAGGUUUGAUGCAGAUUCUGAAUUUAAGGAGAGGGCACAGAAAGCAGUGGUUCGUCUCCAGGGUGGAGAACCCAAGUACCGCCAAGCAUGGGCACAAAUAUGUGACAUCAGCAGGAAGGAGUUUGAUAAGGUCUAUCAACGACUUGGAGUUCAGCUUGAGGAAAAGGGAGAAAGCUUUUACAAUCCAUACAUUCCUGGGAUUAUAGAUGCCUUAAGCAAUCAAGGAUUAGUUGAAGAAAGUGAAGGUGCUCGUGUGAUCUUUAUUGAAGGAGUCAAUAUACCUCUUAUUGUUGUGAAGAGCGAUGGUGGUUUCAACUAUGCUUCAACUGAUCUAACUGCACUUUGGUAUCGCCUUAACGAGGAGAAAGCUGAGUGGAUUAUAUAUGUUACUGAUGUUGGUCAACAGCAGCACUUUGAUAUGGUAUUCAAAGCUGCCAAACGUGCCAGUUGGCUCCCAGCUGAUGAUAGCAUGUUUCCUAAAGCUAGCCAUGUUGGUUUUGGCCUUGUUCUUGGAGAUGAUGGCAAGCGCUUCAGAACUCGGGCCACUGAAGUUGUUCGAUUAGUUGAUUUACUAGAUGAAGCCAAGACUCGUAGCAAAGCAGUACUUGUUGAGCGUGGUAAGGCUGAAGAGUGGACCGAACAGGAGCUUGAGCAGAUUGCUGAGGCAAUUGGUUAUGGUGCUGUUAAGUAUGCUGACUUAAAGAACAACAGAUUGACCAAUUAUACAUUCAAUUAUGACCAGAUGCUAAAUGAUAAGGGCAACACAGCUGUAUAUUUGCUAUAUGCACAUGCUCGGAUCUGUUCGAUCAUCAGGAAAUCUGGUAGAGACAUGGAGGAGUUGAAGAAAAUGGGCUCAUUGGUGCUUGAUCAUCCCGAUGAGCGUUCACUGGGGCUUCAUUUAUUACAAUUUGCUGAGACCGUUGAGGAGGCCUGCACCAAUCUGCUGCCAAAUGUCUUGUGUGAAUAUCUCUAUAAUUUGUCUGAAUACUUCACCAAAUUUUAUUCCAAUUGCAAGGUUGUUGAGUCACCAGAGGAGACGAGUAGACUCUUGCUAUGUGAAGCAACAGCCGUGGUCAUGAGAAAAUGCUUUUUCCUUCUUGGAAUAGUACCUGUUUACAAGAUAUAAUUUUACCAAUUCAAUCCUGUUAUGUAAUUGUAUGUUUCUCGGGCACCCAUCAAAAUUAUGUACAAAACAUAUUUGUGGACAAAUCUUUUCUUGGAUAGGUUUCUUCUUACAAUCAAAAAUUAGUUAGAUUUCCCCU